AUUGGGAGGUGAGGUUAACUAGGUUGAGGUUGGGCGAGAGAGGGAGGAAGGGAGGCGGCGCCGGCACCCCCCUCCCCGUCCCCGGCCGCCGCGCCCCCCCCCCCCCAAGCUUCCCUCCCUCCCUUCCGCAAUCUCUCCUCUCCUCUUGGCGACAGCUACCAGGAAACAAGGAAGGAGCAACGCAACAGUGGGAGGGAUUAAUUAAGCUUACCGGGCUUGGCUGUCAAUUUGACCUCUCCAAUUCCACCUCCACAGGGUAGGGCAACACGAGGCCGGAGACUAAACAACAAUCUGAUUAUUCACAACAACUUCUCUCCUCUCCAUGAUGGCUUCGCUCCACCGCCCCCUCUCUGCCAUGGCAGUUGCCGCCUUUGCCGCCGUCUCCUCCCUUGAGCUGCCUGACAGGCUGUCUCACCACAAGUUGCCUGACACAACCGUGGAUGCCGAAGCUGUCGUCUCGAUUCCAGCCAGCAGGCCCGAUGUAUCAGCAGCACCUUCUGCUUCUGCCAUGUCUCGCCUGCACUUCCUGCCACGCAAUCUGCAGACUUCGCACCCGGCUAAGGCGCCUCCUGCAUCUUUGCCUGUCAUCCACACGGUUUACCACUAUGCAAAGUUUGCCAAAUACUACUCGGAAGAGGAGGCAGUGACGACUGCGAUGCCAUCCUCGUCAUCGCCGGAUGUUCUGUACCUCUGGCAUCUGCCGGACCCUAAGGUCUGCGGUGACUCACAUGGCAAGUCUCAGACAGUGGUGGUUCUGCUCGGGUGGUUGGGCUCGAGGCAGAAGCACCUCAAGAGAUAUGCCGAUUGGUAUACCUCCAGGGGUUACCAUGCAGUGACCUUCACCCUCCCCAUGUCUGACAUUGUUAGCUACAAUGUUGGAGGGAAGGCUGAGAAGAAUGUAGAGAUGCUCUCAGAACAUCUCGCUGAUUGGGUUAGCGAGGAGGAUGGGAAGAAGAUUGUUUUCCACACCUUCAGUAACACUGGCUGGCUUUGCUAUGGGGUGAUACUGGAGAAUUUACAGAGGCAGGAUCCUUCUGCAAUGGACAAAAUUAAGGGCUGCGUAGUGGACUCAGCGCCUGUUGCUGUCCCUGAUUCUCAGGUUUGGGCUUCAGGCUUCUCAGCUGCUAUCAUGAAAAAACACAGCGUAGCGGCAAAAGGAGUGAAACCAAAUGAUGCAAGGCCCGAUGUCCUAGUUGUGGAGUCUAACAAGGAUCAUCCCAAGCCAGCAGUUAGCGAGGCCAUUCUACUUUCAGCGCUGGAGAAGUUGUUCGAUGUUGUUUUAAACUACCCAGCCAUCAAUAGGAAGUUGUCGGGUGUGAUGGAGCUAUUGUCGUCGAAGCAGCCAAAAUGCCCACAGCUGUACAUAUACAGCUCUGCUGACAGGGUAAUCCCGGCCAAGUCGGUGGAGUCGUUCGUGGAGAGUCAACGGCGAGCCGGGCAUGAGGUGAGAGCAUGCGACUUUGUGUCGUCGCCUCAUGUCGACCACUACCGGAGCAAUCCAGAGCUGUAUACCUCUCAGCUCACUGAAUUCAUGGAGGACUGCGUGUUGGCCCGCUGCCAGGCGAAGGAGGAGGAGGAGGAGGUCACCAACUAACUAAGAUGAUGAUGGUGGUGAUGUGCAACUGCCAUAAAAUAGAGAUAGGCAUACAUACCAACUGUUAUUUUCAUUCAUUCUUCACUGGCGCUCAAUUGCAAAGAGAAAAAUAGGUGCCAGGAGAGGAGUAUUACUAGUACUUUUUUUUAGACAGGAGAGCGAGUACACUACUGUUUUCUUUCGUCUCGUCUCAUACUCUCAUUGGUGGGAUUGACUUUCAAUCAAUUGUAAACACGUUGCUAGAAGAAAACAAAAAGGAAAAUGGUGGUUACUGACUCAUUGGUCUAUCUGUUUAUCACUUGUUCCUUCCACUGUAGGAUUAUACUCCUUUGGCACAGCACGACAUGCUAGUACUAAUUUUGUGAUGCAAUGAAUUGUCA